AUGCAAACAAGAAACAUACUCGUGUCCGGACUGGGUGGUGGUCUCGAUAUUCAAAAUGCUCUUUUAUUAUUUAAACUUUUAAAGAAUACACAAAAACACUCGAGUGAGCUUUCUGAUGAUUUUCAAUUUAAUAUUGCUAAUGUAUACCUUGGUUCAGUGAGACCUUGUCGCCAAGAAAAUAUCAAUGAUCCGAUUGAUACAACAAUUUCACCAUUUGUAACUGUGAUCGGAGCAAAUAGUACAAUUUCUAUCAAGGGAAGAUAUUUUGAACCAACAAUUGCAAAAGAAUUAAAUGAAAAUGUAAUCAUGAUGACAGGUUCAGUGGACAAGACACCUACUGUUGACACUUUGGCAAUUGACAAUUUGAAAGAAGGAUUGAAAGCACUUACAGAAAAGUAUCAAUUGACUGAUUUGAUAUUUGUUGAUGGUGGUGGAGACUCUUUGAUACUAGACAGUAAUGACACAAUUGAUAAGAUUCAUAACAAUGUAUUUAUUGGUGGAGAUGCUGUAUGCUUAGCUGCUCUCCAUAAAUUGUCUUUGGAAUUACCAAAUAUCAAUAUAAUUCAAGGAAUUAUUGCUGUUGGAUUGGAUGUUAACAGGAAAGCAUUCAAAAAGAAUGUUAAAGAAAUUGGAGAACGUGGAGGAUAUUACGGAAGAGUAAAUUUUUCAACAGGAAAAUCAGUUGACACAAGAAAUCAUACCAAUGUUUUUGUAAACUCUCUCACACGUUACAUAUUUGAAAAUCAAAUUGUAAGAGAGGCAACUUUACAGGAAUUCUUUGAAGUUGCAGAAAAAUAUCUUGUCCUCACACCAGAGCACUGUAAAAUCAAAGACGAUCCAAAAGCAACAGAGAAGAGAUUUAUGAGUCAUACUGCAGUUGUGACCUAUCAUGCUUUGAAGAAUAAUUUUGGACUUCAAAGGACAUUUGUUCCUUGGGAACCAAAAUUGAAGGAAGGAAAGGGAGUAGUUGUAGAUGUUGACCAUCAAAAACAAAAAGAAGCUCAAAUCAUUUCAUCAUCGGAUGAAGCAGAUGAUGAAGUUGUUGUUGUGAUUAAUUCGAGUGAUGAAUCGGAAGAGGAUGAUAACGAUUAUGGUUAUUCACUAGUAAAGGGUAGUGGCCAAUAUAAGUCUCUUUAUGAUUUUACUAUUGUGUCAAAUCCUGAUUAUUUGGAGAAUGGAGAUAAACCAAGGUUCUUUUCUAUUGAAGGAUUGACUUCGGUUGGAAAGGAAUUAUUUGCUUGUGGAAUGUGCUUUAGUCAUGACAAGAAAACUGACAGCAAAGUUGGCUCACGUUCAGUAUUUGGACCUAUUAAAGAAUGGGCAAUAGAAUAUAGAUUCUUGCCUGUUGUUAGUAUUUUGGUUGAAACUUCGUCAAAGGAUACCGAGUGGAUUGAACUUAUUUCUCCAACAAAAGAAUAUUUUCACAUAUUCAAUUCUACAUAUCAGACGAUUGCUGUGUGCCAUGCUUUGAUUAAUCUUGUUCAGAGACAUCCAAAAGAGUCGUACGAAUCUAUUAUAGAAAUGCUCAAAAAAGCACAAUUGGCUUUUAUUUACCACCCAACCAUAAGAAAUACUAAACCCAUUGUAAGCGAGGAUUACAUUCUUGAAAAAUCAAAAUUUAUUUCAGAACAAUUCAAUAGUUUACAAGAGACGAGGGUUUUAAACUCUUCAUUCUUUUCACAACUAGACAUAAUGAUGAGAGGGGGAGUUCUUGCUGAACUUAUUACUUCAUCUGAGGAGGAAGAGGAUGACACUCAAUCAACAAGCUCAGAAGAAGAGUUUGUUCCAAAGGGUGCUCACUCUGAUCCAAGUGAUGAAUCCAUGUCAGAAGUUGUCUCAGAAUCAUCAGAUUCUUCUGACUCUUUUUAUAAACCAAAAUCUGUGAAAACUAAAAAGCAAACAAAAUCUAAGAAAACCCUCUCUACUGUAUCAACUAAAAAGGAAAAUUUAAUUAAUGACGAUUAUUCGAGUGGCUCUGAGGAAGAAACUAAGACUAAGAAAACUAAAGCAAAAUCCUUGAAGAAAACAACAGUCAAAAAAGAAAAGAAGGAGAAGGAAAUUGUAAAUAAGAAUUUAGAACAAAUUAAAGCCCAUGACCUUGAAGAUAUCAAAUGGGGAAAGCCAAUCAGUAAGAAAAUUGACGAAUCAGGUCGAAAAUAUUUCAAGUCUUGUAAAAUUUCAAAAGAGGAAUAUAAUAUUGGCGAUUUUAUCUACUUGAAAACUCCAUAUCUCAAUCAUGAAAUGCCAUACUAUAUUUGUAUGGUUGAUUCAUUCUUUGAAAAUUGGAAAGGUCAGCGUCAGAUGCGAGUGAGAUGGCUUAGAAGAUAUCAAGAUAUUAAGAUACUUACUACAGGAGAAUAUCAUAAUGUACUUUGUUAUGAUCACCAGGAGUUGUACUUGACAGACGAAUAUGAUGAUAACUUUAUCAAGAACAUUAAGGGAAGAUGUGCUGUAUUUUUUGUAAGAAAGACUGAAGAUUUUGAAAAAAUUGAAGGAUCACGAGAUAAGAAGGAUAUUUUCUAUUGUAAAAGCAAGAUUGUAAUUGUUGGAGAACAGAUUUCUCUGUUAGAGUUAAGUCCACAAGAAAUUGAACUCACAUUCAAAUGUAUGGAAAAUAACUUGAAUGCCAUUAAGGACCAAUUCAUUCCAAAAGAAAAAAUUACAGCUCUUGACAUAUUUUCUGGUUGCGGUGGGUUGAGCCUAGGGUUGGAAAGAGCAGGUAUCCAUGUUAAAUACAGCAUCGAAUUUUGGAAACCAGCAGCUGAUACUCAUCACUAUUAUUUCAAAGAUUGCCACACCUUUUGUAAGAAUGCCGAAGAGUUCCUCAAGCACAUUAAGGUGGCUAAUGAAUUGAAAAAAAGGUUUGGUCUUUUAGAUAAAAAGUGUCAAAUCAAAGGUUCACCUGGUAAGAGAAGAGUGAUCCACAUCAAAAAUGCCAAAAGAAAGAAGGAUGGAUCUCUUUGGUUAAUGGUUGAGAAACAGGGUCAAGAUUUGUGGAUGGAUGUUGAAAAAAUGGAUAGUUAUAGAGCAGAAAUUGUACAUUUUCUAUCAACAAAAUAUGCAAACAUACCAGCACCUGACGAAAUUGAUUUAAUUGCUGGAGGACCUCCUUGUCAAGGAUUCAGUUUACUGAAUAGAUUCAAAGAAACAGAUUCAUCAAAGUUCUUAUCACACGAUAAGAAUCGUUUAGUUUUAGUGUUUUUGGAUUAUGUGAAAUACUUUAAGCCUAAAUAUGUACUGAUUGAAAAUGUGACAGGUAUUCUUAACACGACAGUAUUUGAUGUACCAUCAGCAAUCAUUGAAAAGUUGGAUGCAAGAGGUUAUGAAGCCAAAUUCUCAACAGUUAACGCACAACACUUUGGAUUACCACAAACAAGAACAAGAGUAAUUUUCUUUGGUGCAAGAAAGGAUGAAAACCUUAAAGUUCCAGAUUUCCCAAAGAAUACUCAUGCUUCCCAUAAAGUUAGUGCUGUUCUUGACAAUGCCAGUCAGGUAAAACUUGUAGCAAAUGUAAGAAAGAUUGUUGCAGGACCUCUUCCUCCUGUUUCACUCAGAGAUGUUAUUAGUGAUCUGAUUCCUUUUGAGGAUUCAUCAGAAUCAACUGCUGAAUAUCUACCUCCAAAGACAGUCUAUCAAAAGCUCUAUAGAAAGGAUAGCGAUACUUGCAUUGAUCACAUUUCACAAUCAUAUGGAGAGGUAACCUCAGCACUUAUCAAAUGUUUACCUAGAUAUCCUGGUUGUAAUUUUAGAGAUUUGGCAGAAAGUGCAAGACCACUUUUAAAAGAGGGUUAUUUGACCUAUAGAGACUUUUCCAAGAAUAUUCUAGCUAGAUUGCAGUGGAGUAAGAGUUGCCCAACACUUGUCACUCACUUGAACCCAUAUAGUAUGAAGGUAAUUCAUCCCAAUCAACAUCGAGUUAUUUCUGUAAGGGAGGCUGCUAGAUGUCAGGGCUUCCCUGACGAUUUUAUAUUUACUGGAAGCAUUCACGAUAAGUACAAACAAAUUGGUAAUGCUGUUCCUGUGAAUAUGGCCAAGGCGUUGGGAGGUGAAAUUAUUAAGGCCUAUACAAAUCAUCUUUUAGACAAGAAUGGAAAUAGAAGAGAGGUUGAAGCAACAACAACGAAGAAAUUGAGAGAAAAUAUGUACAAAUGGUUUUCAGAUCUGAAGUCAUGGGCCAGUAAGGACUAUGAACCAAAACCUUUACUCAAGGAACUCAUAGAUAUUCUAAAACCAAUUGACAAAUCUCUAUGUGAUGGAUAUCUAGUUCCACCGACAGACGAGGAUAUUCAAUUCUUGAAAAAAGAAAUACCGAGACUGGUUCAGAAACAUGCCAGUGAUACAGAAGAGGUUAUUACCCAAGAAGUCAAGGUCAUUUAUAAUGAUUCGUCAGAUGACGAUGAAGCUGAUGCAGAAUGCUCAAAUUCAGAAGAAUCUGACAAUCAAGACGAAGAAACUGAAAUUCAAAAAGCUGCUUCUCAAAGAAAAUCAAAGAAAGCUCCAGCCAAAAAGAAACCUGUUCUAUCUGAAAGCUCUUCUGAAGAAGAAGAAGCUAUCAUUAGUAUUUCUGAUUCUGAUUCUGAUUAA